AGGAGACUUUUUAACUUUCACGGAAAUUUCCCCUCUCUUGGUCUCUUCUCUUGCGCGUUCCUCUUCUUCCUAGUCCUAGGCUACUUUCUUCGAUCCCAACUCCGAGUCGCCUGUCAUCUCUCUCUACCAGAUUAGAUUGGGGAUCUCAUCUCAUCCGAAUCCUUCAUAGUAUUACACAACCAGCAAGGCCGCCCGCUUGCCGGCAACAUGAAGAAGAUCUUCGGCGCCAAGAAGAACAAGGAUCCGCCGCCCACAAUCCAGGACGCAACCGACAGAAUCACCAAGCGCGGCGACACCGUCGAUGAAAAGAUCAAGAAGCUCGACGCCGAGCUCGCGCGCUACAAGGAGCAGAUCAAGAAGACGCGCCCAGGCCCCGCUCAGGAGGCCGUCAAGGCACGAGCCAUGAGGGUCCUCAAGCAGCGCAGGAUGUACGAAGGGCAGCGUGACAUGCUCUACAACCAAACAUAUAACCUUGACCAAGUUGCUUUUGCGGCAGAGGGACUUAAAGAUGCUCAGCAAACUAUGACUGCGAUGAAGGCUGCCAAUAAAGAGCUCAAAGGGAUGAUGAAAACUGUCAAGCUCGAAGAUAUUGAUAGUAUGCAAGAUGAGAUGAUGGAUCUUAUGGAUGUGAGCACUGAAAUACAAGAAACUCUUGGCAGAAGCUACAACGUCCCAGAUGACAUCGAUGAGGAAGAACUUAUGGGGGAGCUCGAUGCUUUGGAAGCCGACAUGGACUUCGAAUCAGAGUCAGUCCCAUCUUACCUCCAACCAGACCAAGAACCUGAACUCAGCUUACCUGCUGCACCAACUGGCCAUGCAGCAGUCCCGGCAAACCAGCAGCAGGAGGAUGAGCUAGGAUUGCCUACAGUGCCACAAGCAUCCAUUCGUACAUAAUCAAGCAGAAUCACGUUUCUUGCAGUCAACGAUAUAAAGGAAGUCGUAUUAUAUAUCUACAGCUGGGUGUAAAAAUGCUGUUAUGUACCGCACCACUUCGAUUUUUUUUGUCACUCCACUUGUGGAUGGUGUAAAUCUGAUUGAAUUGAAUUAGUUGGGAGUUGGGACAUUUUAAGAUCCUCUUGUAUUUGCUGUAUGGUUGUACAGAAAGCAGCAAGGCCAGAGCAGCACGUUUAUACCGUACUGUGA